AGUGCCGUUGCACGCCAGCUUCUCCGAGUCCUUGCAGGCAGCGGGGCAUGUCACGAAUUCCGACUCACGCGGGUGUUUAAUCUCGGCGGCCCUUGACAGAAAUUCAGUCAGCCUGCGGCCGCCCAUGGAGCUGCCGGUCUACAACCUGGAGAAGUUUAUUUGUUAUGUGAGAUGCGAAGGCGAGUGGUCGGGCCGGCGGCUCAAGGAGGCCAUUGAGGAGGCCUCCGAGUGGAAGGAGCUGGUCUGCACACAGAUGCUGGCCAUUGGCCAUACCUUCAUCCAAGAUGACCAGGGCUUCGCAGAGCUGCUGGUGGAAGGCGCCACGGUGUCGCUGACGAGGCGGCCCUGGCCCCUGAAGGUGCUGCGCCCGGCUGAGGAUGCCAAAGCCUUUGCGUGCGCGCUCCGUGCGUUCGAGUGCCCUGUGCUGCUAGAGAUCAUGUCACGAGGCCCGCUCAUCUUCAGCGCAGACCCGGAAGGGAGACUACAGGGCGACUCGGGUGCGUCUUCAGACGAGGACGAUGGGCCAAUGAUCAAGCUGGAGACCAUCGCGAUGAACAGACAGAUGUUGGAGUCCUGGAUCCCGUGGGAGGCUUUUGGAGUAGCACCCAGCCAAAUUGCAGUGGUGCUGGCACUUCAAGCGACAUUUCAUUGGGUGGGCGACGGCCUGGACCACUUGGCGGCGCUGCUGCUGCUCACCGAUGGCACCUUGCUGGCUGUGGCUGGGCGCCUCGAAGAGGCUGCUAGGGACAUCUCCUAUGACAACAGAAUCACGUUCUCCUCACACAGCGCCAAGACUGCCGAACAGAUGUGGAAGGAGCUGCCGAACUUCACGAAUUCGCUGUUUGGCCCGGUCACCCGCAGGCUUGAAUGGUCUCGCGAAGAAGCUGCCAGACACGAGGUGCCUAUUGGACCGCCACAGGUGGCAGUCCAGGUUGUCACUCCGGCCUGGACAACUGCGGAGCACCUGACAAAGUGGGAGGAGGAAAACGGAAUGAUUGUCCGCGGCCGAGGCGAAGCAAGGUUCCCAGCCCGUCCUUGGUGCAGAUUCGUUGGAUGUGACCACCCGGCUUUCGCCGCCAUGGCCGAGAUCCGAGAGGUGGAGGACUCCUGGCGGCGUGCAGCUUCAAGGGUCUCCCGAGACUUGCCGAUAGAAGAGGGCCUGCAGGAUUUCCUUGCACUGCUGGAAGAUCGCACACCCAGAUUGAGAAAGGACAAGCUGAGCGAAGUAUGCAAGCGGGUGGAGGAGGAAGCUCGGCGCCGCACCUUGGAGCACUUGCCGGUGUGCCUGGAUCGCAUUGGCCGCUACGCUUUGGAGGACCCAGGCGCUGAGUUCCGGAGGCUCUACGCGAGAGCCGCCGGGGACUGGGAGGAGGACCGCGAGAAGCAGGAAACGCCAGUCUGGGAGGUAGUGCUGGGCCGCACGUAUUUCGGCACGGCUGACUCGGGCUGGGUGGACGAGUUCCUGGCGACGGCGGGUGCCACAUGAGUCCAUGAGCUUCGAAGAUCUGGGUGUCAACACUACAAUGUCCUAGAGUCCUAGACACCCCUUGUCCCCGUGAUGCAUUCCAGACAGGAGACCCUGGUUUGCCCAGGGCCUUUCACUUCUCCACGGCGCCAGCACCAUGACGCUUGCCGCUUUCUGGUUUAGAGGUUUAGCCACGUGACCUUGCCACGCCAGAAGGCAGGUUUAUUCGCGCGGCGCUGUUGUCAACAAGUCAACAGCUCUGAUGGGAAGCUCUCGC